ACGAGCAAUCAUAUGCACACACACCCAAAAAACAAGUCAACCCAGAUCCUCAAGAUCGAAUCUUGACUUGAGGAAGGAAGGAAGAAGAAAUGGUGAUGCGCAGCGCAGCGGCGGCGGGUCUCGCGGUGCGCGGGGGCUCGGGAGCGAGGGGCGACCCGAAGUUCAAGGGGGUGAGGCAGAGGAGGUGGGGCAAGUGGGUCUCCGAGAUCCGCUUCCCCAACAGCCCCCAGAGGCUCUGGCUCGGCUCCUACGACUCACCCGUGAAGGCUGCCCGCGCCUUCGACGCUGCGCUCUUCUGCAUCCGCGGCCCCACCGCGAAUUUCAACUUCCCGGACAGCCCACCAGAGAUCCCCGGCGGCGGGUCCCUCACGGCCCCGGAGAUCAAGGCGGCCGCGGUGUGGUACGCCGAGUCAGGGCCCAUGCCGGCCUGGCUCGAGCUGUCCGGAUCCGCAUAG